UGUGCUGGUGCCCAAUCACAAGGGAUGAUGGAAGAUCUGGUGAGACUAAGAGAUACCCUGUUUCAGAAUUAUACUAAGGACUUCCGACCAGCUCAAAAUAUGAGUGACCCUACAUACGUGACACUUGAAAUGUAUCUUGUAUCAAUUUUAGAUCUUGACGAGGUCAGUGGAACAAUUACACUAAAUUGUGCCGUUCCUAUGUCUUGGACUGAUUAUCGCUUGGUCUGGAACCCAAGCGAUUACGGGGGUAUCACUUCCUUUGUGUUUAAUUCAUCGAUUUUUUGGAAACCUCGAGUUUACAUAAUAACAUCUUCUGACGAUUUGUCUGAUUUUUCUUUCGACGCCUAUGAUGUUCGAGUAUUUUCAAACGGUAGAGUAACGUCUUCGCCUGGUCGACAUGUAAAGGCUAGCUGCAGUGUAGACAUGACAAACUUUCCAUCAGAUUCACAAAUAUGUGUCAUGCAAAUGAUGUCAUGGGGAUUACUUGCCAAUGAGAUGAUUUUUAUUGCAGGACGUGAAACCAUCGUCUUGCGUUUCUAUAAACCUAACGGAGAAUGGGACAUAGACUGGACUUCCGUGGCAAACAAUACAAAGUAUGGAACAAGCAUUUCUGUUGUAGACUUUACCAUUCAUCUGACCAGACAUUCAGCAUACUUCACUGUAUCCAUGACUAUGCCAGUUAUUCUUCUGUGCUUUCUCAAUCCCUUCGUUUUUCUGCUACCGGCCUCAUCAGGGGAGAGAAUGUCGUACACCAUCACAAUAUUCCUGUCAUUAGCCGUAUAUAUGACAAUAAUCGGCGACAACAUGCCGCGGAUUUCAGAUCCAAUGGCGGGAAUUUCUUACUUCCUACUUGUGGCCUUGCUAAAUAGUUGCAUAUUGAUCGUGUUGACUAUAUUCACACUACGUUGUGAAGCUGUUAAUGAUACACAGAAAUUCCCUGGCUGGUUGUUACGGCUUGUCUCCUGGCGACAAUGUCAAUCGGUCAACAGCAGAAAUCAAGUAAAAAAUAAGAAAACCAUUGUUCAUGUUGAGGAAGUCAACGCAACGAACGAGAUAACUCAUCAUCGAGACAAGGCACAGGAAAAGACUGUAAGCAAGGAAGAUGUUAUGAAAUUCAUUGACAAAUACCUUUUCUAUAGUACUCUUCUAGCGAUGAUUGUAACGUGUGUGGUAUUUUCAUUAUAUUACUGGUUGUAG